CCGAGCGGCCGCGGCCGCGAGGACGGCCCGGCAGCAUGAGCUGCUUGCGCCAAUGGCCCGGCCGCCUCCUCCGGGGCGACACGGAGGGUCCGCGCUCUGCCGCCAGCGCGGCCCCGCCCCGCGUCCACGCUGCAGAGAGCCGAGGCCAGAGGGCGCCCGCGCACUGGCCCACGUGCUGCGCCGACAGACAGGGAGCCAGAGGCAGCGCAAGCCAGCAAGGGAGCCAGGGCCUUCUGCCACCACCGCGCAGCCCCCGGCCCCCAGCUGGGACCCGGACCCGGAAGGACCUCGCCCCAGGAGAAGGCGGCGGAGAUCCUGGCCGUUCUCCCCCAGCCCUCGGCUCCUGCCCCAGUUCUCCCCACCCCCCCGCGGUGCCACCCUGGUCUGCGCUUGGCGCCCUUCGCUGCUCCCGGUAUCAGCCUGGGCCGGCUGCAAUGCAGGCGAUGGUGAUGGCGAUGCUGCAGGACUGGUGCAGGUGGCUGGGCGUCCGCGCUCGCCAGAGGCCUGCUCAUCCAGGGCUUCCCGGAGGACUGUGAGGAGGCCGAGCUCCUUCAAGCUGAUU